CAAGGCUUCUGCCCAAGGACAAGGAUACCCAUAAAUAAAGCCAGGCCAUUCUCAACUUCAUUAUCUUCCACAAUGUUACUGCUCAGCCUAACCCUUAGCCUGGUCCUCCUUGGCUCCUCCUGGGGCUGUGGUGUUCCUGCCAUCACACCUGCAUUGAGCUACAGCCAGAGGAUUGUCAAUGGGCAGAACGCAGUGUCAGGCUCUUGGCCCUGGCAGGUGUCUCUACAGGAAACCAAUGGCUUCCACUUCUGUGGUGGUUCUCUCAUCAGCCAGAACUGGGUAGUCACUGCUGCCCACUGUGGAGUCGUUGCUGGACGACACCUAGUUGUUUUGGGAGAAUAUGACCGAUCUUCCAAUGCCGAGCCUGUGCAAGUGCGCUCCAUCUCGAAGGCCAUCACACACCCUAACUGGGACCCCAACACUCUGAACAAUGAUGUGACCCUCCUGAAGCUCGCCUCACCAGCUCAGUACACAGCACGAAUCUCACCAGUCUGCCUGGCUUCCUCCAAUGAGGCACUGCCUGAAGGCCUCAAAUGUGUCACCACUGGCUGGGGCCGCACCAGUGGUGUGGGCAACGUGACACCAGCACGUCUGCAGCAAGCAGUUCUACCCCUGGUCACUGUGAACCAGUGCCGGCAGUACUGGGGUUCAGGUGUUACUGACUCCAUGAUCUGUGCAGGAGCCUCGGGUGUCUCUUCAUGUCAGGGUGACUCAGGAGGCCCCCUUGUCUGCCAGAAAGGAAAUGCCUGGGUGCUAGUUGGCAUUGUCUCCUGGGGCACUGAGAACUGCAAUGUGAAGGCCCCAGCUGUAUAUGCCCGCGUGAGCAAGUUCAGCACCUGGAUCAACCAGGUCAUGGCCUACAACUAAACUGUCUGCAGAUCCUUUCCCCAUCCCAAUUCAAUAAAGACAC